AUGAAGGCAGAGGCUGAAGUGAACACAACUUCAGCCAUGGAGCUGUCCCGCGAGGGCCUCCUGGGGGCCCCCCAGGGGGCCCCAGACGCAGGACUUCCCUCCACAGGGCCCCGGAUGGGGGGGCCCCACUUGCGGCGCCCCCAUCCCACGGAAGGCAAGGCCUGGAGCAGCCCCGCUGCGGUGGCUCCAGUAACUCUGAUAGCAAAGAACUUCUGCUACGCAAUUCGGACUCGGCGGGACCUUUCGGGUUCGCUGCGCAGCCUGUGUUGCAGCAGCCUAUGCUGCAGCAGCAGCAGCAGCAGCAGCAAGUCGGCGCCGCUGCAGCUCGAGGAGGGCGAGCUUUCCGGGCCCCACGGGGGGCUCUCCACGGCCCAGAGCAGCGGCAGGCAGUGCAGCAGCAACAGCAGCAGCAGCAGCAGCAGCAACACAGGCCUCAACGUCAUUCUUAAGGAUAUUAACCUCUGCGUCCGCCCAGGCUCUAUGCUGGUUAUUAUGGGCCCCAGUGGCUCCGGCAAAACCACUCUGCUGAAUGCCCUGGCAGGCCGCUCUAAAGCUUCUUCGCGAGUAUUAAUAUCCGGAACUUUGGUCUACCGGGGGGCCCCUGCGGGUUCUCCUUUGUCCUCUUUUUCGACUUAUAUAAUGCAGAAAGACAUUCUACCCUCAUAUGUCACCGUUUGGGAAUAUCUUUCUUAUUUCGCCGCUUUGAAGCUGCCGGGCGUUUCUAGACAGGAAAGGGAACAGCGCAUGAAAGAGGUGCUGCAGUCCAUGAAUUUGUACCACUGUCGAGACACCCGAAUUGGCGGCUCCGAGCGCAAGGGCCUCAGCGGCGGCGAAAUGAAAAGAGUUGCUUUGGCGGUGGAGCUGCUGAAUAACCCUUCUCUUAUUUUCUUGGAUGAGCCUACGUCAGGGCUAGAUGCUGCGCUGGCCUUCGACACGAUGCGGCUGCUGCUGCGCCUGGCGCGGACGGGGGGCCGCACAGUUGUCUGUACAGUGCACCAGCCUCGGUCUCAGCUGUUUGCCAUGUUUGAUGAACUGAUGCUGCUGCACCGGGGGCAAAUAGUGUUUCAAGGGCCAGCGACGCAGUGCAGCAGCUACUUCGCGCGGCUGGGGCUGCGGUGCCCCCCGCGGUUUAACCCCGCAGACUUUUUGCUGGACCUGCUUACAGUGCGCAGCGAGCCGCAGGAGGAGCAGCAGCAGUCUACGGGGGGCCCUGUGGGGGAGCAGCUGCUGACGCUGCCGUCCUGCAGCAGCCAGCACCCGAAGCAGCAGCAAGAGCAGCAACAGCAUGCCGCGCAGCAGCAGCAGCAGCAGCGGCGGGAAGCGGAGAUGGAGGAAGAGCUGGCAGAGGGGGGCAUCAUGGGGCCCCUGGAACACAGGCCCCUGGGCAGGGAAGAAAGCGCUGCACACAUUCUUAUGGAAGCAGCAGACACAGAAGAGGCCCAGGGGCCUCAGCUUUCGCACUUCGAGUCCCACAUGGUUCGCGUCACAGUCACUCAAGAAGAAGUUGACCGCCUCCCCGCCUUCUACCAGGCCUCUCCUCUCUGUGCUGCUGUUGCUGCUCGCAUUGACCAGGAGCUGCAGCAGCCCAAAGACAAGCAGGUCUACAAGGGCCUGCAGCAGCGCCUGCAGGCCCACAGAGCCUUCUUGAGCCGCUGGGUAACGGAGUUUCUGGUGAUCAUGCGGAUGACGGCGGUGAACUUCGUGCGAAAUCCGCUGGUGACAAUUGUGCAGCUGCUGCUGAACACUCUUCUCGGCUUCAUUGUGGGUGCUAUAUUCUGGAAGGUGCCCGAGAGCGGCCCCUUAGAAAUAGCAGCGCGCAACAUGCUGGGGUGUAUCUUCUUUCUCGCCACGCACAUUGUUUUUGCCCCGCUUGACUGUCUGUCACUUUUUGCUGAAGACCGCGAGCUUUUCAACAGAGACACCGCAAAUGGAACUUAUACCCCAUUCGCGUACUUCAUGGCCAAGUCGCUCGCGUCUAUGCCUUUCCAGCAUUUGCCUCUCACGGCUGUUCUUGUUAUAUCUUACUGGAUGUCGGGCAUGUCAGCUGAUUUUGUUCGUUUUGUGUUGUACUUGGUGAUUGCCCAGUUGUCCAUUUUCGCCUCGACUUCUUUCCUUUUCUUCGCGGCCUCCAUUUCCCCGAGGCUGUCGGUUGCGCAGAGUUUUUCUCCGGUGGUGCUCGUUGUGAUUCUCCUCGUUUGCGGGUUCUACAUCCGCGAGCAAGACAUCCCAUCGUGGAUCCGCUGGCUGAAGUACAUUUCCUUCAUUCACUACCCUUAUUUGUGUUUCACGGCGAACGAGUUCAACAACAACCCCACCUGGGAAGGCCUGCCUCCGGAGUUCCUGUCAGUGUCUGGGGGCCUCAGCGACACGCGACUGGGGCCCAACUUGGCCAUUUUGGCGGCCAUAGCGUUUGUGCUGCGCGCGAUGGCCUUCAUAGGCUUGAAGUACUGCAACAGGCGAAUAGGCUUGGAGUGCUAG